AUGAGUAAACUUACUCAUUUCGAACUUGUUGAAUUAUUAGAUGGAAAUAUUUCCGAACUAAGUGAUUUUGAAAGUGAUAGUGAUGAAGAGAUUGACGAGCUACUAGCUAAUUUUGAUGAAAAUGAAAACUUUGAAUUGCCCGACUUUAUUGAAUUUGAAAAUAUAAAUGAUAUUCCGGAAGUUGAUGUCCCCGGAUGGUUUACAGUUGAAAAGAAAAAUAUGAAGUGGCUACAAAAACCUUUUAGACCUCCUAAGGUAAGUUUAAACGAAACGAAACACUGUAACAUGAAAUACAAAAUCCAAUAUAUUAUUUUUCAAAAUAUUUUGAUGAUUCUGAUUUUGAAAACAUGUCAUUUUUACAAAUUUGUACGCGGUUUAAAAAAAUACUAA